UAGAAAAUCAGCAAGGAAGUGGUACCGGAAGCGAUUCUACUCACCGAGGCUAACAUGCUAACUCUUUCCGUUACCAUAAGAUCCAGUCGGAGUGAACCAGCAGAGCCUGUAUGUUUGGAUAAACCUGUUGAAGCGGACUUUGUGUGAACUUUCGGGAUGUUUCACCGCAGACUCAUCUCCUGUUAGCCAAGAAUGCUAAAGGAAGUUAGCGCAGCUUGCUAGCAGGAAGUAGACGGAGCCGGAGCUCGGCCUCACAGUGCUAGUCGGAGUAGCUUCGAUAGAGACCAAACUGUAUUUUUCACGGAGCCAAAGUGUCCAAAUGUCCGGACAGACCUGUCUGAAGAGACUCUGCGCUGUUCGCUUUAUUUGAAAAUGUUUAGCAUCUGAAUUAUCUCCCGGCGUCCUACGGAGCUAAUGGAGUUAGCUUAGCUUGCUAGCAGGAAGUAGACGGACGCGAACGUGAUGUAACUUAGCAACACAGCGCGCAUCAGAAUGAGCAGACAGUUUUUAACGGAGUGAGUCUGGGGGAAAAGCUGCUGUGAAGCUGUGAAAAUGUUUAAAAUCCAGAACGAGGAGGAACUUUGUGGACAACGCAAACUACUGGACGCUGUUUUCCAGCCUGAAGUCCGGCUGCACAGAGCAGACGUCCAGCUGCUGUUGGUGAGUAAAGAAGAGGAUCCCCCUGAUCCCCCCCCCCAGGACCCAGAGCCCCCACACAUUAAAGAGGAACCGGAGGAACUCUGGACCAGUCAGGAGGGAGAGCAGCUUCGAGGGCUGGAGGAGGCCGAUACCAACAAGUUCACAUUCACUCCUGUCCCUGUGAAGAGUGAAGAAGAUGAAGAGAAACCUCAGUCCUCACAGCUUCAUCAAAGACUCACUGAAGAGAUGAAAACAGAAGCUGAUGAAGAGGACUGUGGAGGACCAGAACCAGCCAGGAACUCAGAUCCAGCUACUCAUGACGAGAUGUCAGACUCCUCUGAACCUGAGACUGAUGACAGUUGUGACUGGGAGGAGACCAGGGAACCUCAGUCAGGUUUAAACCCUCUGCAAAACAAUGAAGUACCUGUAAGUGAUCAGGAAUGUAAUACUGGAAAAACAUCAAGGAGCUCCUCUGAAUGUGCUACAAGCUUUGGUCACAAGGGACAUCUGCAGGAACAUGAUGGACUCCAAACAGGAGAGAAACCAUAUAGUUGUUCAGUUUGUGGUAAAAAAUACUUCGGGAAGAACUCCUUAAAUACUCAUAUGAGACUUCAUUCAGAAGGAAAACGUUUCAGCUGUUCAGUUUGUAAAAAAACUUUUCCAUGGAGAGGAGAGGUUGUGAGACACAUGAGAAUCCACACAAGGGAGAAACCCUUCAGUUGUUCUGUCUGUGGUAAAGGAUUCACGCAAAGCUCAGCUUUGACCAAACACUCAAUAGUUCAUACGGGGGAAAAACCUUUCAGUUGCUCAGUUUGUAAAAAAACGUUUCCAUGGAGAGCAGACGUUGUGAGACACAUGAGAAUCCACACAGGGGAGAAACCAUUUAGUUGUUCUGUCUGUGGUAGAAGAUUCACAGAAACUUCAAGUUUAACGAAACACUUAAGAGUUCAUACAGGAGAAAAACCUUUCAGCUGCUCAGUUUGCAGAACAAGUUUCAUUCGUAGACGCGAUUUGUCCACACACAUGAGAAUCCACACAGGGGAGAAACCAUUUACUUGUUCUGUCUGUGGUAGAGGAUUUUCACAAAAGACACACCAGAUACAACACAUGAGAAGCCACACAGGAGAGAAACCAUUUAGUUGUUCCGUUUGUGGUAAAACAUUUGCACGAAAGGGAACUCUUAGAGAACAUUUGACUGUCCACACAGGGGAGAAACCAUGUAGUUGUUCUAUCUGUGGUAAAACAUUUGCACGAAAGGGAACUCUUAGAGAACACUUGACUGCCCACACAGGAGAGAAACCAUGUAGUUGUUCUGUCUGUGGUAAAACAUUUGCGCGAAAGGGAACUCUUAGAGAACACUUGAAUGUCCACACAGGAGAGAAACCUUGUAGUUGCUCUGUCUGUGGUAAAACAUUUGCGCGAAAGGGAACUCUUAGAGAACACUUGCCUGUCCACACAGGAGAUAAACCAUUUUGUUGUUCUGUCUGUGGUAAAACAUUUGCACGAAAGGGAUCUCUGAGAGAACACAUGCGAAGCCACAAAUUGGAGAAACCCUUCAGUUGUUCUGUCUGUGGUAUAAAUAUCGCACGAAUGUCAGAUUUGACUUCACACUUAAGAGUUCAUACAGGAGAAAAAUCUUUCACAUGCUCAGUUUGUAAAGCAACUUUCAGUGACAAAAGCAAUUUGUCGAGACACAUGAGAAUGCAUACUGGAGAGAAACCAUUUAGUUGUUCAGUUUGUGGUAAAACAUUUGCACGAAAGGGAACUCUGAGACGACACAUGACUGUCCACACAGGGGAGAAACCAUUUAGUUGCAGCAUUUGUGAUAAAAAAUUCACUCAGCUCCGUUAUUUGAAAACACACAAGUGUGCUGGUGAGAGCAGCGGAAGUAAAUUAAGCUGCAGAGAUGCUUGUUGAGCCGAUUCCUUUCAGCAGGAUAUAAGUACUGAGGGCAAGACUUGGCUCAACACUGAUAAGUUCAAAAGUGUGUUACAGAUUCCAAAAUAAGUCGUGCUUCAUCUUGUAUUCUAUUGAAAAUAUUAUAUAAUAUUUGAAAGGAUACAUUAAUACGUUACCUGUUUCUAGUAGGUUAUUUCUUCUCUUACUAUUUUAAUUCUACAUAAUCCUCCACCUUAUUUUAGUAUUUACUCACAAACUACUGUCCUCUGCUCCCCUUGCUUUUCCAUCAGUUUUUUUUUCCCCACACACACGCUAGGGCUGGGAGAUAUAUUGCAUAUAUUCAAAUAUCAAUUAAUGUGUGAUAUAGCAGAUGACCAUAACGUCACUGGCCGUGAGACGAUUUGAAAAUUUCAUGUCACGAUUAUCCUGGCCAUAUUUGAUCUCGUUAAAUGGCACUAAAACAUACGAAAAUCACUUUACCUUACGUUUUGAAACAUUACAAGAAACAUUUCUAUUGCAUCACAGAUAGGACAUUUAAAUAAUAAUCAUCAUAAAUUAUAAGGUCCCCCUGCACAAAUAAAGGAUAAAUUUAAAAAAAUAGCAACGUUGUGUGAGUCUGUUCUUUCUUACAUGAUAAUUCCUGUAUUUUUUUAAAUCAGCAUUUAUUUUCACUUCUCUACCAGGAUGUCAUAUGGUACAGACAACAAUUUCAUCAACUGCAUCAGUAUAUAUAACUUAAAGGAUAAUUCCUGUAUUUCCCUAACAAAAAUAAAGUCUUUUAUUUUGAGAAGAUUUUUGAAACAAGUUAAUUUUUUACUGGCAACUGGUUGUAAUAUUCUUACGGCUUAAACAUGUUUUCAUUUGUUUUAAGAAAAUGUUUUUUAAAAGCUCAAUAACAGCCAUACAUGAUUCAUUUUCUUCUGAUUUAUGAUCUGAAUCCAGUUUAAACGUUUUGUAAACCAUUAGAAGUUACUAAUAAAAAUAAGUGUGUUGAUUUAUCAUUUGGAAAACCAAAUAUUUAAGGACCAAUAAGUCAUUUAUAGAUCAUGUGUAGCAUUAAUUGUAAAUGACUGUAAAUAAUCAUUAUGCAGGAAGUAAAGUAAAAGACUUGCAAAUGUACUGGAACCUAAAACAAGCAGUUUCUGGUUUGUUUCGUGUGUUUCUAAUAAUCUUUUUCCCCCCGUACAUUUAUAGCUAAAAUCAAUUCAGCUGCUCAGUUUGUAAAAAAAACUUUUCUAUGGAGAAAAGAUGGUGUGAGGCACAUGAGAAUCCACACAGGGGAGAAACCCUUCAGUUGUUUUGUCUGUGGUAGAAGAUUCAUACAAAGCUCAGCUUUGACUAAACACUUCAGAGUUCAUACAGGAGAAAAACUUUUCACAUGCUCAGUUUGUAAAAUAAGUUUCCAACUCAGAAGAAAUUUGUCCCAACACAUGAGAAUCCACACAGGGGAGAAACCAUUUAGUUGUUCGGUUUGUGAUAAAAGUUUCACUCAGCUCGCUCACAUGAAUACCCACAAGUGUGCUGGUGAGAACAGUGGAAGUAAAUGAAGCUGCAGAGAUGUUUGUUGAGCCAUUUCCUUCCAGCAGGAUUAAUGUACUGACGGCAAGACUUGGCUCAACACUGAUCAGUUCAAAACUGUCAUACAGACUCCAAAAUAAGACGUGCUUCAUCUUUUCAGCUAAGAUGAAGCCACAUGAUAAUUUUAAUUCAGUUUUUAUUUGUGUCUACAUUAUUUGGUCAUUUUCCGGGAACUGUGCUUUUUGGUAUUACAUGUAUUCGUUGAUUUAAAAGUGAUUUAUGUUAGCAGAGCGGUGAGGCCAAGAGUGCAUUCCACUGGUGCUCCCUAUCCCAAACUAGCCUAAAGGAAACUGAGAGCCUGAAGAAGGAGAACAUGUGUGACUGUGUGACUCUGGAGAGGAGAGUUUCCUGCCAGCCUGCCUUGCCCCAAAUAGGAAAAAGUACUUCACACUGUUGUUUGCUCUGACCUGCUUGCUUUGUAUCACCCUAUUAUCAGUUUUGAUGUUUUUGCUAUCUCCAAUCUCAGUUUUACUUUUCUUUGGUUCAGCUUUAACAUGACUGUUUUGUUUAACAUGUUUUGUAGAACCUGUGGAAAGUUUUGUGAUUCAGUUGUUGAUGUAUUCAGUCUCUGUAAAGCCAAUGGAAAUUCAGUUUAGGUUGCUGAGACAUUAGGAGUAGUAAGGUUGGGAAUCAUUUUCACUUUUUUAUGGUUAAAACAAACAAGUAGAUCGUUUUGAUCUAUUGAAAGAUCUUUUUCUCUUAUUUGAAUUCUUGAUUCUUAAAUGAUACCCAAGGCUUCUUCAAAAAACGCUUCGGUAAGGCUUCUUGCAUUCUACAGUUUUCUAAUAAUGUUAGAAGUGCUAAUCUUUGUACCUCAAGAGAGGGACAAGCAUUAAAGGUGUUAGGAUAUGAGUAUUAUGUGUUUCCUAGAACAGGAGGAGAACCUCACUGUGUCCUUUAAUUCUCUAUCAGAUACUAAUAACCUUUAGGAGGAGAGAGACCUAACGCAUACUGACUCCCCUAGGUCUCCCUCAAGGGAGACAGGGUUCUCAGUGCCCAGAUUGACACUUGUGUUAGAUUUUGGAGUCUGUUAGAUCAGGUUAA